AUGACUUGUAGGUUUGUUCUUGUGGUGCUUCUUGGUGCUCUUAUUUGUAACACCUACGCUAGGAAGCUUGAAAGCUCAGGGGGAUCUAGUGCUGCCGGAGAUGGUGAUGGAAUCUUUGGACAGCCUGGUGUCGGGGCUAAUAUCGGUGGUGUAGCACUGCCUGGAAUCGGCGGUGGACAGCCUGGUAUCGGAGGUGGACUACCUGGAAUCGGUGGUGUACCACUGCCACUGCCUGGAAUCGGUGGUGUACCACUGCCGCCUUGA